AUGGAACUAAAAGAAGCUCAAGAUGAGUUAAUUAAGUUGAAAUUGAAAGAAGAGUUCAUGACAGUUGAAUACACCAAAAAAGUCUUUGGGCGGCAUAAAUCAGUCCUAGACUUAUCAAAUCACUACAUUUUUGAAAAUUCCUGCGAGUUCUUAUGCAAUCUCUUAAAAAGAUAUUUCAAGAAAAAAUUGAGCAUAAAAGCAUUGAUUUUACAAAACUGCAUGCUGAGCUUCGAAGUCCUAAAUAAAAUACUCAAAACUUUUCAGUCGGCAGAAAAGGACUCUGGUCUCAGAGUCCUUGAUUUAGGAAAUAACAGACUUGCAUUUACCGCAAAAGCUACAUAUGCGAUUUCUGAAUUGUUUUCAAAAGUGUCUUUAAAUAAAGCAAAAUCAAUAAUUUUGCAAGGGAAUAUUUUGCAGAGUGGAGAAGCUAUGGAGGCUUUGUUUUCACACAAUUUUUCGCUUUUGAAGCUUAACCUUUAUGAUUCAAAUUUAUCAUCAGAGGCAUUGUUAGCAAUUUCUGAUAUUUUAGCACAAAACAGGAGUAUUCAGCAUUUAAAUUUAGGUUUUAACUCGCAAGCGUUUUUAGAUCAUGAAAUAGUUUCGAGAUUUGCAAUUAGCUUAGGAUGCAAUAGGUAUAUAGAAGAAUUGAUUUUAAGUGGUGACACUAAAUAUUGCGUCUCAGUCCCAGGCAUGACUGUGUAGCCUCAUGUGCAUAUUUUAAUUAUACCUGGCAAGGUUUGCCAACCCGAAAUUGACAAUUAUGCUAGGCAAGCAAUUCCAGCAGUGCAUAGUCUACUUUAAGAGUUGGCUUUUACCUCGUGGAUGGGUAAGAAUAGAGUUGGAAAAGUGAACCAAAGCCUAGUCUGCAGGCAAUACCUCAGCCAGUCAGGAAUUUCCUAAACUACAAAUUAGGAUUUAGGAUUUUUGUAUUGAUAACUCACGUUUUACCCAUCAGCCUCAAGCAAUCCUGCAUAAAUCCAUAGACUGUCCAUUAAAAACUGAACAGCAAGUCAAGGAUGAGGCGUCACAGCAAGCGAAACUUCAGAAGUGCCUUGGCAUUUAGGCUUUGAAGAAGUGAGCAAGGUGUUCCUCGAGUCAAUAUACCGGCUUGGCCUCUGCACUGUCCAAGCCAUCGACUUUGAUGUCCAAUUGGAUGAAUCCCACUCAGGAUCUUGGUGGCUGCGUUAGCAAUAUGGCGACAGCUUGUCUUUAAUACGUUUAAGAUUUAAGUGGUAACGAAUCACUGAGUGAUGUUACGGUUUUUGAAGCUUUUUGUAAAGAGAUCCAUGAAAAUCGGUCGCUAAACCAUAUAGCGCUUGGAGGUAUUGGAUUUGGGGACAGUGGAAUUACUAUAAUUAUCAGCACAUUUUUAAACGAAAUGCCGCUAUCUUCAUUAGAUCUUCAAAAUAAUCACAUAACAGAGAUAGGGUUUUGUGAUUUAAUAGACAGCUUGCCUGAAGUUAUUACAAGUUUGGAUGUGUCUUAUAACAAUUUCAAUGAAAAUUCGGCACUUUUUGCAUUGUCAGCUUUAUUGCUAGAAUCAAGAAGUUUGAGAAAAUUAAAUAUUUCUCAUUCUGUCGAAAUAGAAAAUUUAGACAUGCUGGCUAUUGAAAAAUUGUGUGAGUCUUUAACACAGAAUGACUCUUUAAGUGAAUUUAUAUGUGAAGGGGUGAAAAUCAGUGAAGAUCCAGAUGAAUUUUGUAGACAAGUAUAGCUUAUUGCCCUUUUAGAUCGGCCCUGUAGCCGUUUUUACGACUUUAGGCUAAAAUUGAAUUUUCUUCAAAAAUUAACUGUCAAAUGGGGUUAAUAAGUUUGCCAAAACGAUUUGGUUUGUCAACUCCCAUUUGAUGGCUCCUCUUUUUUGAAGCAGAAAUAUCAGGCCUAAAGCCCAAAAUGGCUCUCAAUGUGCAUCUUUAAGGGUUCGUGAGCUAUAAAUGAAGCAAUCGCUAAUAGGAAACUGUCUUUGACUUACAAAGUGUCAGCUGUAAAUUGCUUCACGAAUGAAAGUACAAAUCGAAGGCUUGAUUCUUCAUCUGUUAGCCACACCCCUAAAAGAAUGAUAUCAAAUGUUCCAUCUUGCUCUAAUUCUGCAGUUUCAAGAGAAGCUCCUGAAGAUUCUAAUUCUCAAACUGAAAGAAAAGAAUACGUGGAUUCUUUAAAUCAAGAACUAAUUUCUAGCACUUAUUGAUAUGGCUCCCUAGAACUGCAACAUAAUUGAAAAAAUUAAUUUUGAAAUUUUUUAUACAUAUCACCAGGGCCAUUUAAGAAAUUUUUCGUUUUAUUUCUAUUCAAAUUUAUGAUUAAUUAGAUCUAUUCUAUUCUCAACUUAAAAUUUUGAAAAGAAAAAUACUUCCUUCAUAGCAAGCAAAAUGUUUUGCUCACUCACGGAGGGUGGGAGUCAGUAAUUCCCUAUAA